GCACCGUGUAGGUCCCGGAACGCAGAGUCUUCCCGCUUGUUCUGUUUUCGAAAUCUCUCUUUCUCUCUCUGGAACCGUCUUUCCUCCAUCGCUAGGGUUUAGCUGUUCGAAGUCCGAAGCACGAUGGUGAGCGAUCGACAGUGAGGAAAUGAUGGUGAACGAAUCUCAGAGCUCCGAUCUGGUGGACCCAUUUGGAGGCUACUCUUCUGCGCCAUUGCUCUUUCCUCAAACUUUUAGGGCUUCGACCACUGCUACGAAGCCCAAGGACCAGGACGACAUCGACUCUAUUCACGCCUACCUAAAAUCCCUGGCUUUAAGUAGUCCCCAUAAGCUUUUAGAGCAGGCAAGGACUAUUGUAAAUAAUGGUCCAGAACUUCUGAACUCAAAACUUUCAAGCUAUGUAGCAUCCAAAGACAAAAAUGAGGCUCUUGCUACAGUGGUUAUGGAAAAUCCUCGAGAACGAAGACCAGCUUUAGGCCGCAAACGGCCUCAAUUCUCUUUAAAGCUUGAUUCUAGUCAGCUUAACAUUAGUUUGGAGCCAAGUUUGGACAUUGAUCAACUGCAAGACCCGGAGGAAUACUUCUUGGCCCAUGAGAAGCUUGAAAACGCCAAAAAGGAAAUAUGGAGACAGACUGGCAAUGCAUUUGUGGAUUUAAAUCAGCACAAACCAUCCAUGAAUGCGAGGCGUCGUCGACCUGGAUUGUUGGGGAGGUCAGCUAGUUAUAGGCAUCGCUAUUCAUCAGUGGUUUCUGAUAAGGAUGAGAACUUUAUAUCUUCUCAAGAGACAUUUGAACAGGACAUUUGUAGUCCUUACAACUGUGUUUUGCCGGAAAACUUGACCAACUUAAAUGAUGCAUCACAGGAAGAGGAAUUGGCUGAUUCGACAGUUGAGGCAGAGCGAAAAGUCGACAGGCUUCUGGAUGAAUUGCUAUCCAAUAAGUGUGAAGAUUUAGAUGGCAAUGUGGCUUUCACUCUUUUGCAGGACCGUUUACAGAUAAAACCAAUUGAUGUAGACAGACUAUGCCUCCCUGACUUGCAUGAUACAAAAAGGAGUGAAGUUAUGGUUUCAAGGGGAAGUUUGCCAAAGCGCAGGAAUGUUUUACUUGAUGUUCAAAAUGUGUUAAAGGGAAUGAGUUGCAAAACGCCUGUAAUGCAUAAACAGAUCGCAGAGAGCCCUGUCCAUCCUCUAGCUUCGCCCACUCCACCAAAGAGUCCACUUGCUUCAAUCUCCUUAUUGAAGAAACGUAUUUUGCAACAAAACACAUCAGUUGAUCCAUUCUCAGCACUGAAUAUUGAUCUGUCACCAGCCAGCAAUUCUUCUCCUGUUGGAAGCAUCCACAAUCAAUCUAAUCAUAUUGAUUGCAGAAAAAAUUUGAGUGUUUCAGAGGAGUCGAAUUCGCUUAUGGUUGAAGCAGAUGACACUACUGCUGCUAACAUGGGAACUGAGGGCUCUGGUCAUCCUUUUGACAAUUAUAUUGAUCACAGCUUGAAUAGACUUGAGACUGAGGCGGGUGAUAAGGUUGAAGAUAUGACACUAGGAGCAGUGCCCUCUGCACGACCAGAUAUCGAUGUUGAGGAUUCAACUGCAGUAAAACUGCACAGCAGUUGUGGUCAGCUAGAUCAAUCAAGCCCUGCUGCAUCUGAACCUGAUGCAACGGAUGCACCAGCAGAAAUCUCAGGCAGUGGUCCCGAGCAGCAGAUCAAGGAAUUUCAGGAACCUUCUGUAGAAGCUUUGGUUAAGCAAAGUACAGCGAACAAACCCCCAAGCAGAGGACGUAAAAAAAAGAAAUUUCCUCAGAGACAAAGCCUGGCAGAUCAAUCAAUUCCUGCUGCAUCUGAACCCAAUGCAAUGGGAGGUCCUGCAAAUCCCCCAGACAUUUGUGCAGAACAGCACCUCAAGGAACCUUCUGUAGUAGCAUUGGGUGAGCAAAGCAAAGCAAACACACCUCCAUGCAGAAGACAUAAAAGAAUGAAAUUUUCUCAAAGGCAAAGCCUUGCAGGGGCUGGUGCCUCAUGGGAAGCUGGGGUUAGGCGAAGCACCAGAAUCAGGAUGAGGCCUUUGGAGUAUUGGAAAGGUGAAAGGUUUUUAUAUGGACGUGUACAUCAAAGCUUGGCUACGGUGAUUGGCUUGAAGUAUGUGUCACCGGCGAAGGGUGAAGGGAAACCCACCAUGAAGGUGAAGUCCUAUGUCUCUGAUGAAUACAAAGAGCUUGUCGAACUAGCAGCUCUUCAUUGAGGCCCCUUCCUGCUUUUCGUUUUUAUAAAUAUUUUUGCAGCCUUCUUAGCUGCAUUUUCAGAAGCCUGAUGUUGUAGCAUUAUUGAAACAAGUAGUGUCUCCGUGAACUUUGGAAUGAUCAAUAUAUUCAAGGCAUUUGCAUUA